UGGCACCGGUUAUUUUCAACGACAGCGUCAGGCAAAUAUAUGCGUAGGAUAAUGCGUUCAAAUAAAAAAACAAAUUCUUAUUUCCAAUACUGUGUCUGACCACAAACAGAUCACUAAACAGAUUUGUUUGAAUGUACUAGAAACCUUAUUCUUGCCGGUCAUGUUCAUCCGACAUAACUACUAUUCACUGCGGUUAUACCCCCUAUUAAGAAUUUGAGCCACUAACCAGGUAACUUUUCAAUACUUUUCUUUAACCCAGAAAUAAGCUUUGAAAAAUAACCGUGCGAUGUGCAUUUGUAGCUUGGAACUUGUUAAAGCGUCGCUCAUCUAUAAAAAAGUUCCAACAGAAUUAUAUUCUAGACUGAUAGCAAGCUAAAAGCUCGCAAAAACGCAAGCACAUAAAGUACAUAAACAUAUUUUGUUAAAAAAUUCAAAAGGUGCAAAGAACGUGAAGGACCGUUCUGUUUUGAGUUUUACGUAUCUUGACUACGGUGUCGCCAUUAAGCAUUGUAUCACACGGUUAAGAGUCAGCAUGAAUCAAAGUCUGUCCGGGUUCGUACCUAAACCACUAUGUGUCCCUAAGAUUAGCACGCAAAUACGCUACCCACUAAGCUAUCACUGGGACAUCUGGACAACCCAAUUAGCAAUUAGUGUUCUUCUUUUUAAACAGCUGUAAAAUCCUGUUGCGAAAGCCUAGGUCUAUGAAAUAUGACUUUUUGAGCCUUUCGAUCUUUUGGUUUGCCAUAUUUAAGUCUCUUUAAGGUUUAUUAAGGGCCGCAUGAAAGCGAGCAAGAAUUCGAGCAAAAAAUUGAAGUAGUCAGUUUUGCUGGGGAUCCGUCCAGCACGAAAAAACUCGCUUCUGUUCGAUUUCUAAAAAUGACGCACCGUGACGUUGUUCACUACGACGAGUUCAUUCUUUUGUGCUAAAAGGAACUCGGCUUUUACCUAGAACUAGGAUCAGCGGGUAAAUUCACGUCCAUUAUGGCAAACAUUAUGUUGCCGAAGCUUCCUCCGAUUUGAGCAUGACCCCUUAGUAGCUCGUUUGCGUCAAGUUUUUCUCUCGUAUUUAUUUUCUCUCAAUCGUAUUUUAUUGGCAUUGUUUUGUGUUCUUUAACUGUAGGGUCUUUGCACUGUCUAUGACGAUUGUUCCGGUCCAACAGUGAUAGACUUAUAACAGCUUUUACAUAUAGCUAUUGAACCGGCGUUAUUUAGUAUUACAGUUGUUAAUUGAUGCAUAUGACUAAGAUAUCGUCGUGUUUUCCGUCACCCUACUCUUUUUAGAUUUUGAUAACGAACUGGACGAUCUUCUUAAACACGCCAUUGAAGAAGAUAGAAGCAAGACAGCAUCAAAGCGAUCUCAGCCGGCUGAAGUGAUCACAACCUCUGCGUCGCCAAGCACAACUUCGUUUAAACAAAAGCCGAUUAUUUCUCUGUUUGACGAUGAUAAACCAGUAUCAAAAAGGUGCAAUGGUUUUUAUGAGCUAGGUGAUGUUGUCACAAAUCAAUUACCUCUCUGGAAUUGUUUGUUGAAUUAUGUUCGAACUCAGUCGGCCUGUAGAAGUCGAUUGCGAUCUACUUAUUAUUUACUAUACAGGGAUAUUAUUUACUUUACAGGGAUUCUGGAAUAGAACCGAACCCAGCAACUGUUUCAAGAGCGGCUAAUAGUGGCAAUAGCUUCUUAGAUGCUCUCUUUGGGAGUGGAGCUUCUUCCAGGCUGAAAGCAAGGCACCCAGCUACGUCGCAGGGCGUUCCAGUACAGAAAAGACGACCCAGUGUGAAAUCUACAGAACAGAGAACUGAGAAUUCUACACUAAAUUCAUCAGAAGCUGAAGGAAAUGCGGUCGACCCGUUGGAUGCCAUUCUUUUUCGAAUGAAGGCUAGAAAAGCCACGUUUGAGCCGAAGGUAUACGCUCCUUUUACAAAACAGCUUACAACAUCCGAGGCAACGAAACCUGCAACCUCUCCCUCACAUAAGCACAUAUCAACAGAUUCGGAAGACUCCGACGAGUUGUCAGAAGGGGGCAAUUGUCCAUCAGCUACACCGAUACCAUCUGCCGAAAAAGACAAACAAAAAGAAUCUAAACAGCCAGUGGCAAGCCCGCCGCAGGAAAGACCCUUAGUACCAGCUGCUUCCAUAAGGGAGCGUUCUACGAUUCCCAAGAGCUCCCUACUUGACGUAGACAGUCUUGCGGAAAUAGAUAUAAAAAAAGUGUCUGUAGCAGAUCUCCAGAUGGCAGCGUCCACUGACGAUGUUGACGAUAGAAGUCGGACGUACUCGUCGAAGGAGCAGGAUACUUAUGCUAAUGGCAAUUUAAACUUAGCCAUAACAAGGUCAACAGAAGCCCGACAUACUCGCACUGAUGUGGAUGAUUUAAUUAAACAGUAUGAAUUGGAGAUUGAAAAACUCAAAGAUGAACUUGAAAAGAAGGAAUCAAUGCUGGAACAAAAGGACAAUGAACGUAGCGAAGCUCAAGAAUCGAAAAUUUCCGAAUGGCAAAGCAAAAUCGAGGAGAAAUUGCAAAAUAUUCGACAGGCUCAAGAUCUAUUUUUCGAAUCUGUUAGGAACGAGUUUUCUCAGAUCCAGAAGAAAAAGUGUCAAGAUAGAGAGGAACGACGUCUGCAAGAAGAAAAGCGAUUGGCCAAGGAAGAGCAAGAUCGCAUAAAAGAAGCUCAAAGGAGGGAAGACUUUGAAGCUGAGCUUAAAACCCGCUACGAAGCAAUGGUGGACAGAAUUAAUCGGGUCAACGGAUUGGUUGUGCAGAAGAUGCGUACCGAACACGAACAGGAACUCAUGCUAGUGGAGCGUACUAAACAGCAAGAAAUAGACCAGGUAAUGAAGGCAUUCGACCAGGGUCGCGCCAUUAGGGAUAUAACGACACGAAUUCAGUCUAUCGUCGCCGUUAUGGAAGGUCUUCAGCACUCACUGAUGUCGGACUUCUGCGAAAAACUCGAACGCCGUUUGCAACUAAUGGAGAAACGGCUAGCCGGAGCUACGACAAUUGAUGACCUAAUACAGCACUUUCGUACUAUUGCAGAGAAUGUUUCGGAGGCCAACGAUGGGACUCGUGCGGAACUCGCUCGCCUACGUAAAGAACUUCGUUCCUUCACCGACGAACAAGAAGAUUUCCGACAUCUGCUCCUGCGAGAGCACCGGUCCUUCGCUACGCAAGUUAUUGCUGACAAGACAAGCACUCAGACUGUUCAACAAGCAUUUGCUGCUAAGCAAGAGCAAGUAAAGUCCUUCCUAGCUUCCUGGGAAGGAGAGCUUGAAAGACGUGAGAAACAAGUCCAGAACAAUCAUGAUGAAAGGAUCAGACGUUCGCGAAGCUCAAAUUCAACUACAGCUGCAGCCAUCUCGCAAGCGAUCUUUCUUUGGAGGAGCUGCCAACAUCAACCUCAUUAGUCAUGAUACUUUCCAGCCUAACUUUACGUCAUAUCACUAUAUCAAUGUUGACUUAAACUAUGCUGAAAGUCACAGUGUUUAUGACCAUCUUCGCCUUAGCCAGACCGGCACGUUCAACCUACACGAUUCAUGAAAUAGUCCGAUAAUAAAGUUGCUCAAGUUACUGCUAAUAAGUUAAAAUUUAUGCUAUAUUGGAUCACAACUCUUCUUCAAAUAAUUAUGGAGUGAUUGCGAUGUGACAAAGUUAGAAGACGUAUAAUUUUAGCAGUCGGCAGACAUUUCAUUUUAUUACUUGUAUGAUGUACCUGUGCCCUAGGUGUUAUGUCAGUUCAGGGAAUAAACUGUAUAGCCAUAAAAAAAAAGAUAGAUAAAGAAUAAAUAUCUGUGUGAGUUUGUAUACUAUGCGACUUCAUUUUACAUAUCGUGCUUGUAUACCCAUGUUUGCGAACCCUAACGCUUAGGUUCUUCGGGCAUAGUAAAUGCAUUACGUGUCUUCACAGUGUAGUUAAAGCUUAACAUAAAUUUAUCUUCUUCUCUACUCAACCCAUAAACAAAUGAUUUACCUUAGGUCGCUUCAAUCUACAUUUUAAUUGGCAGUAUAUUUUCAAGUAGAAAGCUCGAGUUUUGUCGACAAAUAGAAUAAGCCUCUUAGAUUUACUAUAGGGGCAUCUCUUAUAGGAGUCACGUAUUGCUUUUUGUAUUACUGAGGUCGAUACUAAAGGCGUCCAUUUAGCGCGCCGUGAGUACCGGUGUACUUUUUUUUUUUUUUUUUUUGAUUUUAGGGUAUCCCUUUUGCUUCAUAUGAAUAAUUCUUGAUAUUUAGGUUUGUGUGACAUCAGUGACACAAACAAGUUUUGCCCCUUCAUAUUCUGAGUCUAUAGACGGUACCUUAGCGACACGUAGCUGAUCCCAAUUGUAGCCAUCGGCCACUUCAAAUAUUAAUUUUAUCGAUAGAGACUCAGCUAGCGCGAAUAGGAACAGACGGACAUGUCAAAUUUACGCAUCAUCCAGCACCGUAAACACUAAUCGAAGAUUAAACUCAAACCUAUUGAGAAAUUGAAGAUCUCUAGAUUUUUUAAAGAUAAUUUAUUUUUUUGCACUCAUAUUCUAGGCACUUUAGACAAACAUCUAGUAGCGUUCAGAUACGGAUAACCUUCAAUUCGAACUUCAGUCGCUUUGGAAACAAUUCCAUUUCCAGCUUCAUGAGCAUGCAUGAGUUAAGCUCUUUGGUCCUUAAAUGUGAUCUUGAUAAACUGUUUAAAUGAAGAUAAUUCACACUGGAAUGUUCUUCAAAUAUAAGCGCUAUAGGAAUGAUUAGUUCUUGUCAAAUAUAUAUCUCCAAAUAUCAAUAAAUAAAUAAUUGGUUUCUUUCCGUAAAUAAAACUGCAGCUAUCUGUCGGUUUUUUUUCUUACGAGAAAUCCUUACCUUAAUCUUUCUCUUACCGUACAAACAAUUUUUUCUUAUGUUACUGUCGUCCUGCUAGAGACUUAUUUUAGAAAGCUUUCAUUUAAAGAUGUUCAUACUUGAACUUCCCCUGGCCUAAGCCUUAAUUUAUAUUUAGCUUUUGGGAACCGCAGUGAGUAAUCAUCUCGUUUUCUAAAAUAAGGUCCGGCGAGUAAUUUUAAUUUGACUACGUCGUAGGGAUAAAUAUUUGAGUUUGAAAUUUUCAUAUUUUUAAUAACACUGAUAACAUAGUUGCAUGUAUAUAAUUUUCAAAUAUAACUCAUAGAAGUUGAUGAAUGCAGAUAUAUUUAACAAGGAAAGGCUUUGUAAGCGCGUCAGCACAAAAUUGAUAAAUGCAGUGAAGUAUAACUUUUAUAUCGAUAAUAAUUAGAAUAAUAACUUUUUUAAAUCACUAUUGACAUGGAAAAGGGUGGGGCCAUAUGGAACAAGCUGUAUGUAAUGUCCACGUUGAAAGUAACCGGUGCCACGGAAAGGAAAAGAAUUGUACCGCUAUAUUCGUCAAAUAUGUUUCUACAAUGCGGCCUAAAUGAAUUCACUGCAAUUUUUUAUUUUUGGAAAAAUAUUAGUUAAAGACACUUUUUUCACUGGAUCAUAUAAUUCGACCUUUCUAUAGUUAAAUGGAUGCUCCAAAAUCCGUUCGCAAAAGGUUACGGUAAAUUGAUGCGUGAACAAUACUCAUGUUUUUUUUUUAAUAUCAAAACGUAUUUACAUAAUAAGCGACAAGUGCGUUAAAAAAGCAAUUUUAUUAAAAGCGAAGUAGCGAUAAACUUCGUGUGGACAAAAACCCGAGAUCUCGUAAAAAUCCGCGAAAUUCUGACUUGAUAUUUUCUCAGAUAUAAAACACUCAGAAAUAAAAUCAAUACCAGUGGAGUUCAGAAUUGAAUACCUUCUGCUUAAGAGAGAUGAUAAUAGCAUUGUGCCCAUAACUAACGUUACAUUGCCCGUUCGUUGAUACUUCCCUAGGACAGGGAAAUUGUUUAUAGCGUAAUAAAGCUAAAAAAAAAGUGAGCGAGAUUAAUAAAUUUGAAACCAUAACUAUAUAUAAAAAUGAAACGUUUAAUUUGAGUGCGCUGCGAAAUACUGGUCUUUAGAUGUAUGCUGUUUUAUGUGAAAUAAGAAACAAAUCUACCGCUGCCCCGUCUUCAAGUCUUUCUUCUUAUCCACAUUUAGAGGCCGCCCUUAGCCACCAGCCAAGGCUAGCCAUAUUUCUAACGAAGCAGACGAACAUGUCCUUAUUAAAAACAUUCCGAAGGAACAAAUAUGUCGUUUAGCUGUUCUUUCUUUGUCCAAUUAUGAUCUUCAACGAUGAACGGAAAGAGGCAAUCCUAUUGGUGGCUGUAAUGUGUCUUCGAGACGCUGUGGCGGCUACUCUAGACGCUCUCUAAAGCGGAAUCAACAUAUUAGUUUACUACUGUUUAGUACUGUUUUUCUCGUUGCCAUUCAAACUUUCUUAGACUUGCUCUACUCGCUGAGUGCCCCUUUCUAGUUCCCUUCUAAUAUACUUGUCAUCCCAUAACCCAGACGCACGUUCACAGAAGGUACCGCCGACGAUCCCUGCUGAGCAUAGCCAGUGUGCCACUCAUACAUGUGACAGGCAGAGUAAGUGCAUCAAGCUCCAAAAAGGGCAAGACAUGGCUGAGACACACGAGUCAAUUGGCGGAGUGUUAGCAGGGAGCAGCAAAGAUAAUAGCGGUUUCGCCUACGACAGCUGUCCGUGGCAGCAUCAGUACAGAAGGGAAUGCAAAUGGGCAAUACUGUUCUUCGUGUAUCCAUAUCUACCUCCUGUUUUCGAGCUCGCUUCUGGCUCUCUCCCCGCAUUUCUCCUUCUCUCCAUUUUCGUCUCACACAAUUGCUGUAUGCGAAUGCGUUAAAACUCUGCUAUCUUUUACUGAGCACGUCUGGACCAGUAUGGCCUCCAGCUGUAUCCCAACGCCCACACAUCGACAUACACAUGUACACAGCGCGACACAGGGAUCCUGAUUCUCGGCCAUCCACUCUCUGUUUCUCUUUAGAGUAUUUUCUCUCUCUGUCUCUGUGGAAGAAUACAACGAUAACCGCAACCACUGCGAUCUCCCUCCGUUGGCGCCGCUUUCGACUUACUGGGCUGCUUGCUUGUGGGCCGAUUCAGGCGAGUUGGUGCCCGUCCGUUUUCGCUGAAUCGGAGCCUCCGAACAGCCGAGCCAGCAAAGCACGGGAGCGAGAGGCCGCGGGACGAGAGAGCUCCUAGCGAGACCAGGCCGCUUCAGCUGGCCAAAGAAGAGCGGCGGCUUGCAGCGAACGAAGAAAGCCAGCCUAGCAAGCAAAUAGGAGCUAACCAGCCAUCCAAGGCGCGCAGGCCGCCAAUAGGGGUGAUAUUGUGCGCAUGCUCAUUCCAAGUAAGAGACGGCUGGUCAGAGACUCGGCUCCGAUAGCAGCAUCGAUGGUGAUGGCUAGCAAAAGCCGCUCACUCAGUAGCAGAGGACUAGCACCGGUAGGCCAGCAUUAGUAGUAACGUUACAUACGAGACUAUUGGCGGUAAUACAGUUACGCCUACUAUCGCUGGUACUUUGUGCUGGAUGUGUCUUUGUGGAUUUGAGUGUUUGUCGUUUCUCAAUUUUUAUUCUGCUUAAAGCAAAGGAAUACCAUUACUACGACGACGUUUAGUAGAAGAGCACUGCGUGGCUUCCCCAUGAGCGCCUCCGUGAUCUCAGUACCCUAACUCGUAGCUCUGGAAUACAGUUAGUCGGAUAUUAGAAUCUGGAAACUGGCUUCAAGCUCUCACCAGCCUGCUGUACGUCUGUUGGGCCCUCGCGUCCCGUCGAUGAAAAGGGAACAAAAAAAAGUUGCUCGGUGAAGUGAAGUGUACGGUCGAUGUCGUCUGUGUGUGUAUGUUUUUGUCGAAGACACAACAGCCAUAGUAAUGAAUGAAUAACAAAACGCAUUCUAUUUAGCGUUGUGUACGUGCAGUGGAUAAACUUAACAUUUAUAGAAAACAAUUGUUUUCUGCCACAUCAUCGCAGCUGGAGCUGUACCCUUCGCAGGUUCAAUGAGUCAUGCAAGCAGAGUUAAUAUCUUCUUGUUUUAAACGGCCAGCUGAUCGAAGCUGCGAAAUAGAAAUCGGUGGCACUGCGCAGCCCGGAAGCAUCGAUACG